AUGGAUAAUGCACCUGGACGCGCGAUGGGUGACAUGCCCAGACAGGCCCAGACAUACAAAGGAAUCAAGGAUGACAAUUUCCUUGGACAUUCGUGGACCCCAAAGCCUUGGUAUGGCAUUGGAAUACUCUAUGAUUGCUAUCGGUCUAUCGAUCACGCCGACGAAGCCUUCUCUCAUGUUCUUCAUAUAGGUAGAGGCAGAAAACCGACACAGCAGCCAGCACCUCCUCGUACAGGUGGCUGUAGAGCAGCACCAGUCAACUUUCGUGAAGAUCCCGGUUCUGGAGAAGAGUUUGACUUCACCGGCGUGGACGAACAUUCUCCUGAUGGAGAUGUACCAGAUGCACCACAACCAGUCUCUCCUCCCAUUAGUGUUGAGCCUGUAGCUGGCUCUGCUACCUCCACUCGACCUGCAACGCCUUCGGAGCAACCCUCAGAAUCUUCACGGAGCCGAACGGCCCCUGAUAUUGAUUAUUUCUAUGAACGCGGAUCGAAGGUUGCCCCAGUGACCAGAACUCUAUACAAGACAUGCAAGGCGAAUGGGAUAGACUUACGCCAGGGUGCAGGUAGUUUCUCAGCGUCCACCUCAAAUAACCCAUUACGCAACCACCUCCUAAGCCGCCACAAGGAUAUUUAUCUCCAGAAGUGUUGUGAAAUGCGAUGGAAAGUCCCUGCACUCGAGAGCGAAACUGGAACACCCCCUGCAUCCGGACGUGGAACGCAACGUUCUCCCUUUUCCCAGAACACAUUUUUACAGCAUCUUCUGAACUUCAUCAUUGCGGAUGAUCAGAAUUUCGACAGCUCCUCUUGCUUUUACGCAUGGGAGGCGUAUUUCAAGGUCCUAAAACAGGAAUUAGCAGGAGGCCAUUGGACCCUCGAUAACUGCUUGCUCAACAAUGCCUUCCUGAAAGAACUUGAGAUACUUCUACGCCCUCACGAUGUUGAGUUCAAUCACAAGGAAAAUCAUAUACAAUGUUUCCCACACGUUACCAACAUAUGUUCAACUCAUGUCAUCGAAGCCUUUACUAACAUCGCCCUGGUAGAUGAUACAGGGGGAUUCAUCACAUCUGCAUCAGGCCCUCCAAGCGAUCCUGAUAAUCAGACUUAUGAAGAAGCAGUUGUUCGCGACCCAAUCACAUUGUGCCGGAGUACCGUACGAGCAGUACGCGCCUCAGGUCAACGACGUGAGCACCUGGUGGAAGUCAUAGACAAUGGAAACAAGAAAGGGUGGUUCAAGUCAACUGAGGAUCUGACCAUGACUAUCCAAGUUAAGCAGGUGCAACUUGCCGUUGAGCAUUUUCUUUCUUUGCCCAUCAAUAGAGAUCUUGUGAAACUUAGACUUACUGAUAUGGAAUGGGCUGUACUCCAGGAUUUUGAGAUUGUACUGGGUGUACCCCAUCAAGUACAGACACUCAUGUCGAAAGAGCGCACUCCUGUUUUAUCAGGUGCAAUUCCCGCCUUCGAAAUGUUCAUGAUGGCAUGGGAGCAACUUGGGAGAGAUCACCCCCGCUUGGCCCGAUGGACGGAUAUCAGUAUCCAGUGGGCGACAACUUACUACAAGAAAAUGGAUGAUUCGCCUGCCUACAUUAUCGCGAUGUUUCUCAAUCCCUUGAUACAAUUGUCAUGGAUUCGACAACACUGGGAGCCUAAUUAUGUUGCCAGGGCCAUCGUAAUUAUCAAGAAUACUAUGCGAAAAUACCAUGACCGUCUUCAUGGACAAGCUCAACAACCUACAUCUAAUAUGUUGGAGGUUUUGGGCGCUCCUUCGCCGUCGGGCCAAGGAGUUGAAGAACAGUUUGAGUUGUAUGGAAAUGGGACGGUCUCACUGCGUGGCACAGAUAUUAUAGGGUUUUGGGCACAAUGGCUUAACUUUAUGGAGGGUUGGGCUGUUACAGAACAUGAACUCGAGUACCAUGCAGAUGACAACGAAAAUUUAGCAGAUUUGUUAGGGAAGCUAACUUUGGAGAUUAGGGAGGAUGGUAUAGAUAUUGAUGAGGUAAUUCAUGUUGUUGGACAGGAUGACGAUGAUUGA